GCGCCCGCCGCCAGACGCACGCCGCCGGCUCCCGAGACAGAGCAGCGUCCAAGCCGCGCGCCGAGAAAAAAGCAGCCGCCGAGCCGAAGGACGAGGGAGUUGCGCGGACACCGCCACUGACCGAGGGUCGCCUGCAGAGAAGGGGAGACAGCGGUGCCCGACGGAGGCAGCAUACAAGUCAGGCGAUCCGGCCGCAGCCCCUGCCCGGGAAUGGGCUUCCCUGCAGUGACCGUCCUGCUCAUCACAGUGCUGGUGGUCGUCGCCGAACCCCGACGAGAGAUCAAAUACAAAGUGAAGAAGCAAGACUUCUUGCAUAGGUACCACGAAGAGAACAAGAAUCGUACUGAAGAAACUGUAUACGACAUUUGUCACAAGGUGGCGCUACGCCGCUGCGGCCAGAACUUCAUGCGGGCCUUCAAUCUGGUUGAAUAUCUGUCUGGCGCCGACUACUACAACACUCAGUGCACUCUGAGAAAGGCCUUUUUCGCUUGCCUAGACAAGCUGCGUCAGAAACCGUGUCGGAAGCGCCGUGCCUCUGGUCUCGACGACAAACGUUUCCGGAAAAAGUUGGCGGACGCCCUCUGGGAGACCAGAGUUUGUGUCCUCGGCAUCAAAGACAUCGAAGAGCUCCCGCCAAAGAAGAAAGGCCUCAAGUGACGUGCAAGGCUAGCCCACUACCCUCUGCGGCGCCUUCUCCGUAUACAGGGCUGACGUCCACCAAUAGCCCGCCUGUGGAUGUAGUCGUCAUACUCGACCAUCGGGACGUCAUCGAUCCCCUCCUUGGUGUUGUUUACCAUCGUAAUGGUUUCGAUGCAUGUCUGGAAGUAAGUUUGGACACAGGGUUAUUACGCCAGGAUAUUUUAAAUAUUCGAAUCUUUGUUGUUGGUGGUUCAGCGCUCACUGUAUGAAUGAAAAAUAUUCUAACAGCGAACGUUGGCGAACUGUAUGCCGUAACACUGGCGCACGGCGAAACUACUACUUAAUGCAUGUAUGUGGAGUCCACUCGAGUGCACGUCUCUGUACCGCUGUGUUUUGCACUUCUGGGUAACGCUAAUAAGUUAUUUCUGUAGGUUUCUUUCCAAUUUUUAUUGCUAUUUCAGUGCACCUGGCCGCCUUCUGUAUUAGCAUACCACCGUCUGGACAUGAAACCAUGUUAUUUUACAUCGACAAUUUGAGAUGAACUUGUUAAACAAGCUGGAGGAAAAGGCCCUUUUCUGCAAGCAAAUUUUGCGCUGGAAAGAAAGAGAGCGAGAGAGAGAAAAGGCGCUUUGGUGUAUUUCUGUGGCUUUCUAGGGCUAAGUAGCAAUGGUUCAGCUGACGUGCUGUGCGCCAUUGUCGUGUUUUAAUUAUUCUGUGUCCUUGACCCACAAACCUUAGAACAUUCGCUCUAUGGUAACUUCUCAGGUUACAUAUUCUAAACCUAUCACUAUGCGCGAAAUAGGAAUGCGUUGCAAAUAUUUUGAAGUCUAUCAAGUUUGUGUAUAAACAAGCUGUUCUAGUACAAUCGUAUAACUGCGCUGCAAGACCAUGAACAUCACAAGAACGGAAAGAAAUAUGUUGUCUGAAUUUAGGGACGUAAUUUUAUUACCGAUGUAGUUUUCAACUGCUACAAAGUAUUGGAUUAAGAGAAAUCUCAUGACUGCAUAUACAGAGCUAUGUAUAAAAUUAGGUAUAUUGGUCUAUAGCUAACAUGCUUGAAGUUUGAGCAUUGUGAUAGUACUGGCCGUUCUGUCACACGUACUGCGCGACAGAAAAGGAUUAGACCAUGCUUCAAAGCGUAAUAUGUCACGCAUAUAAGGGGCAGACCAAAUUUAUAAAGCCUUUCGUUUGUCAUAGUUGUUUAUCGUUGAACGGCGGCCUACACUAUUAUGCUCUCUAGCACGAUUGGCUGACGCCAGUUCUUAGGAACCCGCUUUCAACCGCGUCGUUAAUGCGGACACUGAACUCUAUAUAACUGUGAACGAGGUUGUUUGAGCAUGCAUUUAUUAACACUAACGAGGUAGACACUCAGGGAUAUUCAGAAAUGUACUUUUCACGAUAUUUCUUACUAUACUCUUAUAUUGUGUGUGCCAUAUCUGUCUUGCAAAUUGUGCUCGGUACGUGACAUGUUUUGCGUGAUACUUGUAUGCAUUGUGUUUCUUCGUGCUAUCAGGCGGGGCCUUAGAUCUAACAAAUGGCCAGUCAUGAAAUCGGCAACCGAUAAAAGCAAGGAAAAUUGUGUUUCUAUCGCGGACUAAGGUGCGCGCCUGUUAGUCAUCACUUGCUAUGCGCAGACAAUGAUGUAAAAGCGGCUCUACAUCAAAGGCUGUACUGGAGAUCUUGCUUCGAUGUAAGCUUGAAUACUUCAAGUAAAUUCGAAAAAAAAAACAGGCUUAGUGACUGUGGUUACCGGUUUUGUUCACUUUAUCAGGCGAUACUACGCGCCGGCACUUCAGCAAGCGCUACGUCUCCUAUACCGAUGAUAGAACAGCUAAUUGAUGAAAUAGCUUCAAUUGCUAUACGCCACCGACGUGUGCUAUAUCAAGCCACUUGCCAACAGCUGCACCGAAAUGAAGUUUCAGUGAUAUGUAGGUUGAAAAGUUCCAAGUGCUUGCAUUUUCGUGUUGCUUAUUUGGUCUCAAGCUCCACUCAUACAGACACGCACACAGAUACACACACGCCGAAAAAAUCGGAAGUUUCUUUGUUUGCGCUUACAGCUCCGUGAGGUUUUUAAGAUUUUCUGGCCACUGCUUAAAUUUUCUAACCAAAAUGCUUUCUCUCCAGCAAAACUAUGUCACUGGCUUUGUAUGCACUGUAAGCACUGAGGUUAUCUAUAGCUUGAACAAGCGUGUUUACUUCAGGAAAAUAGCAGAUACUAAAAAGCAAGUAGCGUCUUGAGAGAAAGUCGUCAGCAGUUGUGUGCAAUGAAAGUAUGAUUGUAAGCGUAUUUUGAACUAGUUUCUUGUGACCUUUGGUUUGAUUACGUGUUGUGUAUUGAUAGAAAAAUUCUGGGUAGCACGCAAACCCGUAAAGCGUCACCCGCGUAAGCUGCGGCAAGUCGAGAAAAACAAACAAGAAAAAGAAAACUUAUGUUAUCGUUUGUUUCAAGACUUUGUUUGUUUCAAAUUUGUUUCAAGACUUUUUCCAAAGGACCUUUACGUUGAGUCUUUCAGAAAGCUGCAGUGACAACAUAUUGAGUUUGCAUCCAGCGAAAGCGACUAUAACUUCACAGUGUCGCGCAGCAUACCUGAAGUUAAAGGAAAGUAGCUGAAUGAAGAUUGCGUUGCUGUCAUAACCUGUACGUCUCCGAUUGCACACUAUUAUUGAAAUUUUGGUUACUUGAAUCAACCAAUUUCGACCGAAGCUUCACCAGCUGUCGCCAAUGGCGUUGUGGCUUCGCGCUGUAUCUACAGUAACGUGGCAACGGUAAUAUGGACAUGUCACGACUAUGCCUCACGCGUCCCUGGCGCAUGAUUUUUCUUACCAUGGAAAUAACCUUAGGAUUAGCGAUACCCUUUCGACCCAUUUAUUUUUUCAUUUUGCUAUUUUGUAAGUCGGCAUAUAAUGCACUGCGCAUGGAAAUGAGUAAUGAAUGAGAUGCUAAGCUAUAGCUCAGUGGAUUUGCGCCGAAGUUGCGUUGCUUCCACGCUCGUAGAGACCACAGGCUUCCUUCUAACAUUCAUUACAUGAUGACGUGUUCGAUGGAAGCUCCUCCGGCAUGGAAAGUACACGACAUAUUAAAACAAGCAGUCGUAAAAAAAUGAAAGAUAAAUGGAAAAUGGCGUUUCGGGACUCAUACGGGUCCCUCAAAGGCCAACUGCAACACAAUUUUGGACCGCGUAAAUCAGUCUAGUUUGAGAUAGUGUAGGUAUAGAGCAGCCUCCGUGCAAAAUCUUACGUUUGAAGUACGAGUGGAUGCAUCACGAAGGGCUCCCUAAAGUUGAAGUUUCUUAAUACCGAAACGACAUGGCCUCCAUGAUUAAGCGCCAGUCACGGUAAAGCCCACAGCUGCCCGCUGCGCACUGCGCGCUGGGAAAUCUUGGAGGCGGUGCACUUGUACUUCUGUCAUAUCCGCUAACACAAAGGCUACACGCUUCGUCUGCUUAGGUGCUAUUUAAAGGAUGAUAAUGAGAUAAAUUAGACAGUUACCAGCCCUGCAGCAUUGCCAAGAUUGGUUCAGUGGUAAAUGUGCCCUACAUACUUUUUCAUUACUAAUUUAGCAAAGUGAAACUUCGUUGCAGUUCGCCUUUAAGAAUUGAGGACCCGUAUGGACACCGAAACAUCGUAUUUAUGCCUUUUCUUUUUUCGCUAGCGAUUGUUUUAAUUUGCCAUCAGCUCUAUUACAGUUUAAUCAGAGCUAUUUAGUACAUUUAAUAAAGGACUGUGGUUUAACUUUACUUGAACAAACUUCAAAAGACUUGAAGCCGCUGCUCGCUCAAGUGAAAGUUCAUUCAAGUGAAAGGAAACGAACACAUGAAGCUGCUAUCAGCACGGGGCUUUUGUAAUUGUUCACUGAAAUGGCAUGUUCGAUAAAAUGGGAUUUCACUAUAUCGCACGGUGCACUUGUCUAAAUGUAUAGCCCAGCUUUGUGAAUCUUUUCUAUAUCUUAUUCGUACUAAUGUGGUUGCAUAAAGCCGAUGCGAACAAGGCUAUACAGUAGCAAUUCGUUGAGUCAUAUGUUUACUUCGUAUAGCAUUUGCAACAAUAUUUUAGCCAAUUAGCCAGAUAAGAAUCCUUCAAUAGAAAACGCUUUUAACCCGUUUACGAGGCUGCUUAGCGGUCAUGUACUUUUUGAUCUGUACAAGUAAUACAGCUCUUCACUUAUGAAAAAAAAAAGCAGUUUAUUUCCUUUUGACGUGACUUCAUUGAAAGAACAUUAUGUAAGCGGCGUACUCCAUGCAUUUUGUUAUUUCAACCCCUGUAUUAAAAAAGACGCAGCUCUUAACUGUUGCUGUGAUAUAUCAAAAUGUACCUUCGGGUUUUCGCAUGACAAAUGCUGCUAAUGUUGUUUAUAUGUGAAAGUCAAGCGUGGUGGUGUUUUGGGGCAGUGUCACGUUUAUAUUGUUCUCUGUGUUUCCCUUCUGACUCAUUUUGGCCUCCUGCAGUGUUAUGCUAUUAAGGAUGGUUUUGAAUGGUACCUGACUGUUUUAAUUCUUGAGCUUGAUCUUAUUUAUGAGAGCGCUUCUUCUUAUGUGUCUAUCUUUGCGUAUAUGUCGCGCGAAAUGUACAUAGUUCCUUCUUCGUAGAGUAUAAAACACGACAUUUUAUUGUGUAGGUACAACGUUAAAAUCAUGUGCCAAGUUAACGUAGCAUUUAACCGUUUAUAACUUUCGUAACAUUCCAACAAUCGAGGGGCCCAUUGACAGGUGUGGCAGCAAGGUAGGAUGCUUCUCUAUGUGUGUAUGUAUUUUCUGUUCGUCUGUUUCAGUAGUGUGUAGAUGUGUAUAAACCGUUGAGAAAUAAUAAAACGUCCCCGAUGACAA